UGAAGACCGCACAGAGAGGGGGCGCGCAGCAGCGUGUGCGUGAUGAUGUUUGGAGUGACGACACCACGAAACCAUAGCACAAGAUUACCGAAGCAGAUAGCAAUCGGGUUGAAGCAACAUCCAUCAGAGAAGCCCAGAGCCCACUAAAAGCCUCAGUGCUCGUCUAGACUGUGGUGAUCAAAUCCGGCUUUGAAAUGCUUCAGUUCGGCGGCAGGGUGUGCAGUGUCUCCGCUGUCAUCUGGCUGCUUCUGGCGGGGCUGGCGGCUGCGUCUUCUGAUCUAUUUGACAACCAACUAGGCGACAUCAGUUACUGCAAAAAGCAAUGCCAGAUCACCAUCAAAAACAAAAGCCCAGCUAAAGUAAGUGAUACUUGGAAAUGAUAUAGACCUCAUUGAGGAAUAGCAGAAUAGCAGUAUAUAUUCGGCUACAUAUCAAUGUGACGAAACGUCUGUUUUCGUGCUUGAAUAGCUACUAUAAUAAGUUCUUACAUUUCGACGACUGUAUCCGAAAUUGAAUACGGCAUAUCGAUAACCGAUAGACUUCCCUUUAAUCUUUAAAUGCUGGCAAUCUGUGGUGUAAAUGUAGCAUGGCCAAUGCGUAACGAAGGCCCACAUUUUUACUAGAUGACAUGCUUAUCCAAAAUCGGAUCAUCCGUAGGCUAGGCUACGCUACCUAACUUAAUUUCUGCACUAAGUGGACAUUAUCAUGCACGAUUUGGCCGAAAAUAUCGUUUUAUGACUUAUCUAAUUGUUAUGCUUUCCACAGCUCUGAUACUCCAUUAUAUCCAUAUAGCCUACUCCACCUACUUCCUCUGGAUUGCUUUACACAUUCAUUAGAAAACGCCUGGAUGUUCAUAGAAAACCCAGUCGUAAAAUUGUUGUGAGGGCACCAGACCAAACAUGGCAUUCUCCAAUAGAGCCUAUUGCCACUUGCAAUUAUUUGUCCAUGAACAGCAAUAUGCAGGAUAUGUAAAUAAUAUCUAAUUGAUUAGAAUAUCCAUGUUUGAAUAAUCUUAAAUAAUGUACAAUUUGAAAAAUACUUAUAGCCUGUAAGUAGGCUAAUGGAUGAUUCGUGUCUAUAGCCCAAAACGGUAAAUCCCUCGGCCAGGCUAUUAUUUUCCCAACUACUCAUCAUCGUCACCGCUCAGCUCAGGUGUGGUUCAGACAUCAUGCAGGGCAGUACAGAGCAGAGCAGCAAAAUGGAUCACAGUGAACUAUGCGGUAUCACCUGUUUUCAGAACACUGCACCAGUUUAUAGGCCCUAAAGUAUGCCUUUGAUGUGCGCGUAUUAUUUGAACAACACAUUAGUCACAAAUAGUCAGUGCUUGAACAAUGUUCAGAGUUUAUUUUAUUCAUGGGACUAUAAUUGCCACUGUGUAGUAAGCAAAUAAAUACCUAUAAAAAGGAACCGUGAAUCCUGGGUCAGAAUAAAAUCCCGCUAGACCCACAACGAACAGGGAAGAACGCAGUAAAUCGAAAGAAUGACACGCAUGACACUGUAAUACGCCUGUAAACCGUUGAUGUUCGGAUAGGGGGAUCUCUUUGUCGCUCACGUUCCUGUGUCAGUCGCUUGGGGGCGCUGUUUUGUUAUUCUGCAGUAGAACCAGGCUUGGCGAAAACUGUGACCAAGUGAUUGUUAUUCUUCACUCAUCACAACAUUCCCUGGCACCAUUUGCAGUAUUUUCCAUGUGUGCAUCUAAGACCAAUAAUUCCUCACCUCAUUUAAAAUAUUUAAUCUGUGCCAUUAUCCAAAUUGAAAUAUCUCUGUGGUAUAGGCAUAUCUAAUUGCCUAUCUAAUUAAUCACACACACAUCCAGGACAAUAUCUCAUUCCCUUUAAGGAUAUCUGCUUUGUUUGAAUAGCCAUAAUUAGCUCCUAUAUUUUUCUCUCUCCUGAAGGACUCCAUACUGAAUGCCUGUCACCGUGGUUGCCGUCUCUACUCCAUCUGUCAAUUUGUGAAUGGCAAUGCUGGCUUCAACACCAGCAGGGAGGAGUGUCAAGGAGGUAAGGCAGCCUGACUCACUGGGUGGGGUCUCAAUGAGGCCGAUACUACAGGGCAGUCUAUUACACUGCAGCCUAUCACCAAGAGCAGGGGUGUAUUCAAUUCUACCUGUGAUCCACUUCAAGAUUUUGUCAUGUACUGUUACAUGAUUUUGGCCCUGGCCUGGGUUUAGUCUUUGCACAGAAAAAUCCAAGCUGUGCUUUAAGGCCAGAAAGCACUUGAUUCGACCUCGCGGCCUAUCAUGUGCCUGUACCCGGGCUAACAUGACAUUAAUGGAACCCUGUGUGUGUGUCUCAAUUUAAACUGUUCACCCAGUUGGGUGGCUUGUUUAUUGAAAAUCAAUCCUGUGAUCUGCUGUCCUCCCUGGUCCCGGCAGUAGAUGCUCAAAUGUUCUGAUAUUGAUGACUGUAGGGAGGGGUGAAUAGGGAUGCAAUGACUAACAGAUGCGGUUGUCUUUUCCAUCCCCUGGGAAAGAGAGAGCCAUCUCUCCCGUCUUUCUCUCUUCUCCCCCCUCUUCUCUCUCCUCUCUCGAGAAAAAACGAGGAAAGACCCCUCUCUCUCUCUCCUCCCUCUCCCUCUCCCCCCUCGUCUCGAGGCCGACUGCGCCCCCCCCCUUUUUUCCCCCCCCCGGGGGGGGGGGUUUUUUUUUUUUUUUUUUUUUUUUUUUCCCCCCCCGGGGGGGGUUUUUUUUUUUUUUUUUUCCCCCCCCCCCCCCCCCCCCCCCCCCCCCUUUUUUUUAGGGCCCCCCCCCCGGGGGGGGGGGGGGGGGGGGGGGGGGGGCCUCCCUUAAUUUUUUAAAAAAAAAUUUUUUAAAAAAAAAAAAAAAUUUUUUUUUUGGGGGGGGUAAAAAAUUUUAAAAAAAUUUUUUUAAAGAAAUUUUUGGGUUUCCUAAAAAAAAACCCUUUUUUUUUGGGUCUCCUUUUCCCCCCCCGUUUUUUUCCCCUCUCCCCUUUUUGCUCCCCCAAACCCCCUCUUUUUCCCCCCCUUUUUUCCCUCCCUUUUUUUCCCCCCCCCCUCCCUCCUCCCCUCUCUUUUUUCCCCCCCCCUUCCCGGAUAGGGAAAAAAAGGGGGGCUGCCGGGGGCCCUUCCCCCCCUCCCGGGGCCCGAUUUUUUUUCCCCCCCCCCCCCUUUUCCAACCCCCAAAACCCCCCCCGGCCUUUUUCCCCCCUCCCCUUCCUUUUUCCCUUUUUUUAGUUCCCCCCUUUUGGGGGGUUUUUUCCCGUCGGUUUCUCCCCCAUUUUCCCCCGGCCCCGGGGCCCAGGGGGGUUUUCCCCUUUUUUUUCCUUGUUCCCUUGCCCUUUCCCCCCCCCCAAUUUUUUCCCCUUUUUUUUUUUUCCCCCCUUUUUCCUUUUCCCCCUCUUUGGGCCCAUUUUUCCUUUUUUCCUUUUUUUUCCCCCCCCCUUUUUUUUCCCCUUUUUGGGUUUUUUUUAUUCCCCCCCGGGCCCCCUCCCGUUUUCCCCCCCCCGGGGUUUUUUCCCCCCCUCGGGGGGGGGGUUUCCCCCUUCCCCCCCCCCUCCCCUUUUUUCUGCGGGGUUUUUUGGGGUUUUUUCCCUCCCCCAGGGUUUCUCCCCCCUUGGCCCCGGGGGGGCCUUUCCCCCCUUUUUUUGAGGAGGAAGGUUAGCAUGGUCAUUCAGUAGGCCACACACACACACUCACACACACACACACACACAAUUACUUUUUUGCCAGAGUAAAUAAUGGCACCUAGGCUCAGACAGUUCAACCUGUUGUUCCCUGCAGCUGAAGGCCAUGGCCCACCGUCCCAAGCCCCCCUCUGUCAUGGACACCGUGUCGAGCUGGUUUAACGACAUCGUCAGCUCUGCUCAGAGCUUCAUCUCCUCUACCUGGACCUUCUACCUGCAGGCCGACGACGGCAAGGUGGUUGUCUUCCAGGUGAGACACUGUCAGGACUCAAGUUACACUGUGACUAUAGGGGGUACAGCUGUAAUUCAAACCUUGGGGGCAACAGAGGUGAACUCAACUCAAACAUCAGGAUGAAAAGGGCGUGGGAUCAGUACUGUACAUCGUUUACUUGAUCAGUGACGGCUAAGUCAAGACAGGCUGGCUGAAUCUAUAGAGAAGGACAACCGAGAUCUGUAAAUCCAGUAAUAAAAAGGCAGCAAUCUUCGUGCGAUUUCUUUCUUUAGCCUUAGGGGUUAUGGAUGGUUGUGUUUUAUGGAAGUCACAUGCUAGCAGAGGCGAGAGCAGGCUCCACAGGCUCUGAGCUGGCUAGCAGGCCUGUGUUUAGUGGGCAACUGGCUGGCUCCCACCCUCUUGACGGAUUGACUGGGGGUAAAGAAACAACAGAAAAGCACUAAGGCUGAGGGACAGCUGAAAGAGAAGACAAGCCACCGCUGCAAUACAAAUCACUACUGCAGACGUUCAGAAUGAGUGGGUUCUGCAGAGCAGAUGGCUGAGUAGGAUGUCAGGGUGUAUGGACUCCCUAGGAGCCCGUAGUGAAAACCGUCCUAAAAUGACAGGUGGCACCCCCUUGCGGACGAAUCCGGGUGGGGGGGGGUGUGGCCCCCGCUGGGGGUCUCCCCCAACCCAGCCAUGGACCCUCAGCCCGCCCAUGUGUGACUCAGGAGCCGUCCCCAGGUUCCCGUAGUGAAAACCGUCCAAUCACCAGGUGCACGGCUGGGGGGUGUUUGGCCCCCCCUGGGGGUCUCCCCCAACCCGGCCAUGGACCCCCAGCCCGCCCAGGUGUGACUCAGGAGCCGUCCCCACCGUGCACCACUGGUAACCCAUCCAAUCACCAGGUGCACGGCUGGACUUAGUGCAAUAAGCUAUGGUGACUUGUAGCCUUAGGCGUGAUACAAAACAAACAGGAAACGUUAGGAGACCCACUGUGGUAGCGGUUUGUCCACAUAAUGUAGCAGUUUUACUAAGUUCUCAAAAAGGGCCAUUCAAAGGCAACACAGUGCACUACUGGAGUUGAAGUGAAUCGGACAAAAAUAAAUGUAUUAGCAAGUUCCUAUGAGUUUUCAAGAGUUAGUGAGAGAGCCACCUUGUGGAAUAAAUUACACUUGGUCUUCAUGCAGUGUUCAGUAUAACGAGUUUAUUUGGGCCAAGUGAUUUCUAUUUGAAUCAGUUCACAGUGGAAUUGCUUGUGCUCUCCUUUAGUUAAUCAGUCAUUUGAAGAAAUAAGACUUUUACUUCACUUAGGAGCAAAUAUAUGUAGGUGUAUUUUGCUAUGUGAUGUGCGAAGGUGAUUCCCAAAACGACUUUCAAAAGAACUGAGACUCUAUUUCAAAAGCUAUUUAGGCUUUAGCUCACAGGGCUAAUGUGGUCUUGAGUCACACAAACGUCUGAAGAUUGAUACCCGGUCCAUUACAUUUAGAAGGCUAACAUAGCACACAUAAACCAUCUGGGUUCUAUAUCAAUGUGGGUUACCCACUCAUAUUUCCAAAAGGUUGUGUGUUUGGAUGCAACUGUGAUCAAAGCAGCUUCUCUGAUUGCUCCAGGCAAGCCACCUGUGUCUGAGGGAGGCGGUUUGAGUCCCAGUCCCACAAGUGGCAGAUUCUCCCUUCCUCAGCUCCCUUUAGCUGUAUCUCAGACAAUGGGCUGUGCUCCAGCUCGGGGAACAUCCAUCCCUCUCCUGCCCACAUUUGACAUGGGUUAAGUGGCAGCCUCCUUCUUAAUCCUGCUUUUUCAUGCCAUCCUAGCCUCCCAGUGUUUCAGGAGUGCUCCUCCAAGGUAAUCAGGGAAAAUCAAGCUGUUUCCUCUGGGCUGAGAGGGAGUAAACACAGCCGACAGGCCCCUCUCAUCACUGAUUGGGGUAGAGCGCUUGUUUGGAAAAGGGGUUGGAGUCUUGUUUCAAUUCCAUCCGCGUCCAACAUUCACAUGAUGCAGGGUCCCCUUGAAGGAACAGGGACAUACAUAUAUACUACCUCUAUGACAUCCCCCUCCCUAAGAAGAAAGUGAGCCCAAAUAACCCAAAAAUACCAAAUAAGGGAAGGGAGAUUGUUACAUUGGAAAAUGAUCCCUCCUCCCUGUUGCUCUUUGUGCCUCUAUAGCCAGAGCACCUUUGGCAUUCUGUGGCAUAAUGCAUGACAGAUGUACAUCAGGAGGCAGGCCUACGUUUACUGAUACAGAUUUCUAGUCUGUAGCCAAUAACUACUAACAUCCUCAGAUGUUCACUCUUCUCUUCCCAUUGCCUUUCCCCCCAAUAUUACACCUGGAUCCAAUGCACUCCGUAAAAUCAUUGGCGUCGAUAAAACUGGUUGUGAAAUGACUUGAAUAUCUAUGACCUUUUGUAAGACCAAGCCUUAUUCUCUACCACAUAGGUCAUCUCAGUUAAAUAACUACAUCUGACCAACUUAUUUUCUGCUUUCUUCGUUUUCUCUUUGUUUGAGAUGUGUUUAGACUCUUAUCUCAAAUUCAUUGACCCGUAGACUAUUCAAACGCUGAUUGGUACAUUUUCUUUUCAGUUUUCAUAACUAUGCAUGGACCUGUGUGUCAAGAUUUUGAUUGUAUGACUUAAUUUACCUUUUUUUUAUUUUAAAAAAUGACUUCCCCUGUCUUCACAUCUUGUUAUUGGGAAAGGUUCAGUAGAGGGUAACCAAAAUCCUAUUUUAAUGAGUUCUCCAGGGGGAGCCAGAAACGCAGUCUCCAUAUUGAAAGGCACAAUCAUGCCUCUGCUGACAGAGCUGGGUCAAUGUGUGUGUGUGUGUGUGUGUGUGUGUGUGCGCGCCUACUUGAAUGUGUGUGUGUAUAGACAUAGGGAUUAACCCUGUCUUCACUCUAAGUUAUUUACUUUCGCUCACAUACUGUAGUGCACAAUUGCUGUUUUUAAGGCCUCUUUUCACAGACACGUUCUCCAGUCAAGUGACCUUUUCACUCCCCUCAGAGAGAGUGAAUGGGGGGGCUCUUGAGCAGCCAACCAGGACAGACUCAGCAAUGGGCAACCAGGGAGUCCUUUAAUGAAGUUAGAGAGAAAGAAAUGCUGAUUUAAAACUCCACCUGUGUGCCAAAGAACAAUCUAUACAAUCUGCUCUAUACAAUCGACACCUCAGGAGGGCUCAGAGCCACCUGAACAGCCAUUAUAAGGUGUGAUUAAGUGGUUUUAUUUUUGUACUGUUUGGUAGUUUGGAAGUACUGUUUUGUACUGUUUGGUAGUUUGGAAGUCUAUCUGGCUUAAUUUGACAGAUGGCUGAGGUACACAGUGCCUGGCUUGCAACGGCACACAUUUUGUAAAAAUGCAAUGUUCUCCUAUAAUCAUUGAGUCCUCUCUUUGUUUGAGUUCAUGUGGCAGUAUUCUCUAUAUCUAAGUCUGCAGUUGUGUGUAUUUCUCCCUGUCGUGUUUAGCUGUUCAUUGAGUAUUCUUAGUCCAGACUUCAUUAUGGUCUAACCUCUCUGUGUAAAACAUACAUUUUUCUGUCACUUUUUCAUUGAAUUACUGUGUGUAAUUACUAGUGCCUGAAAUGACUUUGUUUGUUGUUCCUACCAGAGCCAACCGGAGAUCGAGUACACUCUGCCGGAGCUGCAGGCUCCCCGCUCCAAUGUGGCAGACAAGCCUUGGCCACAGGUCCACUCCCACACACAGAGACCCCAUGGUGAGACACCAACCGCAUGCAGCGUUGUGGCAUGCAGCUCUGUUACACACCGAGACCCAUAAUGUACAAAUCAUAAUAAGACCUGUAGGGUAUAUAGUAUACAAUGCAUUAAAGGAGGAUUACAUUGAAUUGAAUAUGCUUUAUUGAUCUCCAGAGGGGUGAAAUUAGGUUACAUUUGUUACACUUCCUCACAAAGUGUUCACCUAUGUGCAGGUGUGAAAGGACAUGGGGAGAAGGGAGCAGCCAAGGCGGGAGGCAAGGGGAAGCACCCAGCAGUCCAGCAACAUACAGAGGACCCCACCAUUGAGCAUGACUUCCUGGGUUGCAUGUCAAGGUGACAAAAAAUAUUGAAGAAGAACAGUCGUCUGCCCAAAUCCACCCAUUUGGUGCUCUCUGAUUUAGAGGCCCUCUGAGUUGUAGGACCUGUAUCAUCACCUAACCCUCCCCUUUCUCUCAGGCGCUCUGGGCUGCCUCGUUGGAUCCUGGCUGCCUGUCUCUUCCUGUCCAUCAUGGUGAUGUUGUGGCUGAGCUGUGCCAGCCUGGUCACUGCACCAGAACAGCACAUCACAACAGAGGUAAACACAGCACCAGAACAGCACAUCAAAACACAGGUAAACACAGCACCAGAACAGCACAUCAAAACAGAGCACCAGAACAGCACAUCACAACACAGGUAAACACAGCACCAGAACAGCACAUCAAAACACAGGUAAACACAGCACCAGAACAGCACAUCAAAACAGAGCACCAGAACAGCACAUCACAACACAGGUAAACACAGCACCAGAACAGCACAUCACAACAUUUACAUUUUUACAUUUUAGUCAUUUAGCAGACGCUCUUAUCCAGAGCGACUUACAGGAGCAAUUAGGGUUAAGUGCCUUGCUCAAGGGCACAUUUACGUCAUUUAGCAGACGCUCUUAUCCAGAGCGACUACAAAUUGGUGCAUUCACCCUAUAGCCAGUGGGAUAACCACUUUACAAUUAUACAAUUUUUUUUUUUGGGGGGGGGUAGAAGGAUUACUUUAUCCUAUCCCAGGUGUUCCUUAAAGAGGUGGGGUUUCAAAUGUCUCCGGAAGGUGGUGAGUGACUCCGCUGUCCUGGCGUCGUGAGGGAGCUUGUUCCACCAUUGGGGUGCCAGAGCAGCGAACAGUUUUGACUGGGCUGAGCGGGAACUAUGCUUCCGCAGAGGAAGGGGAGCCAGCAGGCCAGAGGUGGAUGAACGCAAUGCCCUCGUUUGGGUGUAGGGACUGAUCAGAGCCUGAAGGUACGGAGGUGCCGUUCCCCUCACUGCUCCAUAGGCAAGCACCAUGGUCUUGUAACGGAUGCGAGCUUCAACUGGAAGCCAGUGGAGUGUGCGGAGGAGGGGGGUGACGUGAGAGAACUUGGGAAGGUUGAACACCAGACGGGCUGCGGCAUUCUGGAUGAGUUGUAGGGGUUUAAUGGCACAGGCAGGGAGCCCAGCCAACAGCGAGUUGCAGUAAUCCAGACGGGAGAUGACAAGUGCCUGGAUUAGGACCUGUGCCCCUUCCUGUGUAAGGCAGGGUCGUACUCUCCGAAUGUUGUAGAGCAUGAACCUGCAGGAUCGGGUCACCGCCUUGAUGUUAGCGGAGAACGACAGGGUGUUGUCCAGGGUCACGCCAAGGCUCUUCGCACUCUGGGAGGAGGACACAACGGAGUUGUCAACCGUGAUGGCGAGAUCAUGGAACGGGCAGUCCUUCCCCGGGAGGAAGAGCAGCUCCGUCUUGCCAGGGUUCAGCUUGAGGUGGUGAUCCGUCAUCCAUACUGAUAUGUCGGCCAGACAUGCAGAGAUGCGAUUCGCCACCUGGUUAUCAGAAGGGGGAAAGGAGAAGAUUAGUUGUGUAUCGUCAGCGUAGCAAUGAUAGGAGAGGCCAUGUGAGGAUAUGACAGAGCCAAGUGACUUGGUGUAUAGGGAGAAAAGGAGAGGGCCUAGAACUGAGCCCUGGGGGACACCAGUGGUGAGAGCACGUGGUGCGGAGACAGCUUCUCGCCACGCCACUUGGUAGGAGCGACCGGUCAGGUAGGACGCAAUCCAGGAGUGAGCCGCGCCGGAGAUGCCCAGCUCGGAGAGGGUGGAGAGGAGGAUCUGAUGGUUCACUGUAUCAAAGGCAGCAGACAGGUCUAGAAGGACAAGAGCAGAGGAGAGAGAGUUAGCUUUAGCAGUGCGGAGAGCCUCCGUGACACAGAGAAGAGCAGUCUCAGUUGAAUGACCAGUCCUGAAACCUGACUGGUUUGGAUCAAGAAGGUCAUUCUGAGAGAGAUAGCAAGAGAGUUGGCUAAAGACGGCACGCUCAAUAGUUUUGGAAAGAAAAGAAAGAAGGGAUACUGGUCUGUAGUUGUUGACAUCAGUGGGAUCGAGUGUUGGUUUUUUGAGAAGGGGUGCAACUCUCGCUCUCUUGAAGACGGAAGGGACAUGGCCAGCGGUCAAGGAUGAGUUGAUCAGCGAGGUGAGGUAGGGGAGAAGGUCACCGGAGAUGGUCUGGAGAAGAGAGGAGGGGAUGGGGUCAAGCGGGCAGGUUGUUGGGCGGCCUGCAGUCACUAGUCGCAAGAUUUUAUCUGGAGAGAGAGGGGAGAAAGAAGUCAAAGCAUAGGGUAGGGCAGUGUGAGCAGGACCAGCAGUGUCAUUAGACUUAACAAACGAGGAUCGGAUGUCGUCAACCUUCUUUUCAAAGUGGUUGACAAAGUCAUCCACAGAGAGGGAGGGGGGGGGGGGGGACAACACAGGUAAACACAGCACCAGAACAGCACAUCACAACACAGGUAAACACAGCACCAGAACAGCAUCACGAAAAACCUGUGUCAUAUUGGCAAACUCUGUCUUUUAGAUGAAAAAUAGCUAACCGUCUAUGUAACUUAAUUUCCCAUUUGUUAGAUUAAUUGUUAACUCACUGAAGUGUUACUUUAAAGCUGGAAUCUGCAUUAGGGGAAACAGAGCCACCAAACAUUUGUUAUUGUUUUUGUUUUGUUAAUGAAAUGGAGGAGAGUAGCAUCCAGCAUCCUGAUAGAAAAAUUGCAAUUCAUACUCUGCUGUUCUAUCGCGCAUCCAAUGGUGUGCAUGAUGUCCUAGGGAAACAAACAUUUUUUAUUGUUUGAAGUAAUUUCUUUGUUGUUGUAAGAUCGCAAAUGGAUGUGGCAGUUUCACCAUUACUGAUUCCAGCUUUAACAUGUGUUUGCCUGAGAGGGAAUUAGGCCUAGAGACAAUGGGAACAUUUCUAUCAAUUUGAAUGAAUAACUGAUUCCUUUUUCCAGCUGAGCAUCAACGGAGACAAGGAGUUUCUGGAUGACGUCCAGAAGGUCAACCCCUACCUUCUGACCCCUGUGAUUGCUGUAGCCAUCGACCAACCAGAGGAGAGCGAGGAAGCGGGACCACUGCCAGUCAAGGUUGACCUCAACAAGACAUCACUUUAGGGGACCAAUGGGAUCGGCUCUCUGGUUUCUAGGGUAACCAUUUCGUAAAAAUCUCCCUCAGUAAAAGAGGGGAACAGAAACACACCAACACACACACCAGAUUUUUUAUACACACAUGGCACCAUCCCUUCACAACAUAUUUGUCCCGUCAGAAUUUCUAGUUUCAAUAACAAGUCCGACCAUCAGAUCUUAGCCUGUUGUGCUUGUCUCUGCAUAGAAUACAGAUUUUCUAGAUCCCUAGUGACCAUUGUUAAAUCUCACUAAGAGUGUGGAGAUCAAGUUGUCACCACCUUCUUGUAUCUAUCAUUUUGUAUUUGACAAUGCAAUUGCUUAAGGCUUAUUUAAUGGACAGUGUAACUAUUAAAUGUUGUUACUUAGAUCUGCCUGUGAGGGAGUCAAGGAGAACAGGUGAAUGUGUGAAGAAAGCCUUCCAGGCUUUUGAUGUCAAGGGAUAAAAAAUAAAGGACACACAGGGAUUCAAAUUCAAGGUGAAUAAAACAUUUCCUCAUUCUCUUACCUACUCUUGGAAUUAAUUUGUGACUUACAGAGAGAGAAAAGGUAUGGAGAUGUUCAAAAUGCUUUGAAAGCUAUCUUGUGAACGCUGCAGGAGACAAUGGCUACCAGUGUUCACCUUUGAUGAUAAUCACUGAUAUCAACUUUGUAAAGCAACUAUCACCUAAGAGAAGCAAAUACACUCUAGAAAUUAUAGAUCUCAAAGAGAAUUCUCAGAUCAGAUGAAACACCCCAUUUAAUUGAAUUCUGACAUUUGGCAAAUAAAGGAAUUGUGCUCAAAUUAUGUUGGCUGGCACACCCUCAGCUAACUGUGUGUGUGUGUUUGUG